ACUGCAAGUAGCUCAUGUUGUCAGAAUAGUUCAAGUUCGUCUUAUUGUUGAACUUGGGGUCUCUUUCAUUUCUCUUUCAAGACCGACGCGGGACGGGUCUGUAUUUUUGUCUUCCGUCUCAUUAGUACCAUAACACAAGAAGGAGACCUCGGAAUUUCAAUUGCACUAAUCAGGAGAAAGGAGAAAGAGUCGAUGCUUUUAAUUGUUUAUCACUUUCUCCAAGGACCACAUUAAUAGUUAGAUUAACAAGAGAGAACACUAUCUGCCAGGAUGUAUCGUCUAAUGCUGCAAGGCGCUCUUUUAAGCGUCGUUGUCGUGGGUCUGGUGAGGGCGGAAUGCGGAGGAGACACGACAGCUUGUGACACAACGACCAUUAACAGAUACCCUCUGGAAGGGGCCGAUGAUGCAGGAGAAAUCACCUAUGACCCAUCCGGAUGUGUGGCCACAACCGCAAGCACAAUGAUUAGCUGCUCCGGGACUCUGCUUGGAUUUAAUUCACUUGAAUGCAGCGUUGGGGACUGGACUAUCGCAAAUCCUACCGUGUCGUGUUUCGCUGCUAGCGGGUGUCCCGUACCUGAUACUCCUACUAAUGGUAAUACAACGGGAGAUGAUUACAGUCUCUUCGAGACAAUUCAAUAUGUCUGCAACGAUGGCUAUAAGAGAGUUGGAGCUGAUUCUGCGUUCUGCGACUCUACUGGGGAAUGGAGUCUACCAGCGCCUAGAUGCUUAGGCUCUUGUACCCGACCAAACCUCAAUGCCACAGUGUCUAUCACUCCCGAACAGGAUACCUACGAAGACGGUACAAUUGCGCAGUUCACCUGUGACGACGCCACCACUACCAUGACCGGUACCGAUGCCUCCACGUGCCGCGACGGAGCAUGGUCGCCGACCCCUCCCGCUUGCUACCGUAAGUGCACCAUAGGUAACACCAAUUCAUCAACCCUCGGAAACGGCCUAACAGUGGGACAAUUAGUUGACCAUCAGACCAGUAUUGAGUUCCAAUGCGAUGCUGGACGGCAUUACAACGAAAUAACCCUCGGGAGUACCAGCGGUGUCCAGGUGUGCAACGAUGGCGAAUUACCGAGCCCCUUUGCUUAUUGUCAUGCGAACUGCACAGCUUCCAGCUAUACCCCUCCUGAAUUUGCCGUGGCCGAACCAGCUCUACCCACCUACUACGACAAAACAGAUAUCCAGUUUACCUGUGAGUCCGGCGUCUUGUCCGUCCCCGAUGUGACGGGUACUUGCGCUGACGGCAUGUGGGGUGUCCCAAGUUUUGAAUGCAUUCAACCAUUGGACUGCACAGAUCCCGGCUCUCCGGCCAACGGCAUGGCCGUUGGAAACGACUACAACCAUGAUGCAGAAGUAUCGUUUACAUGCAACACAAACUUUACGUUGGUUGGUGUUUCUAUGAUGCGCUGCAACAACGGAUCAUGGAGUAGCAACGUGCCUACCUGUAACGAGACUCCUCGUCCAGUCACCAACAGCAGCGUGCGUCUGGAGUGCAGGAGUGACUCCAUCCGGGUAACGAUCGAUCGGUCUAUCUUGCCUGACCUAGCAGGGGAUGUCAUCAGGUUUGAAGACGACCCAACUUGUACUGGUGUAGUCGAAGGAGACAACAUCGUUUUCACCACUAUGUUUGAACAAUGCGGAACAACCAAAGAGGAGGAUGGUGACUUAGACGUAUACAAGAAUCGCAUCGUCAACGGAAGAAAUAGCGGUAACGUUGUUUCCCGUGACAUCACUGUGUCCUUCCCCAUUACCUGUUUCUACGAGCGCGUACAUCGUCUGGAAUACGGUUACUCCGCCGUCGGCAGUGCUGGAGUUGUUCAGCAGUCCGUCAGUAGUACAGGCGAUUAUAGUGCAACGUUCGGCUUUGAAAUGUACACCGACGACACUUUUACGACAAAAGUCGACUCCUCCGCCACCGACGUGUCCGUCAACCAGAGAGCCUACUUUGCUGUGGAAGCCACGACUUCCGCCGAUCAGCGAGUGGUCAUCGACUCCUGCUGGACGACACCGACGACUGAACCCGAAGACAGUAGGAGAUACAACCUGAUAACGGAUGGAUGUCAAGUAGAACAGACAGUUAUGCGGUACGAUCUGGGAAUGAAUGGACUAGCUGCAUUCAGUCUCUCAGGAUUUACCUACAUCGAUACUAGUCAGAUCUACCUGCACUGUACAGUUGCUAUCUGCGGAAACAACGACACGAGUGGCGAGUGUGCACCCUGUGCAAGCAUGGCCCGCCGGAGGAGAGGGGCUACCUCAGGUCAGAUGAGGGAUCUAUCCGUUGGACCUGUACGCUGGAUCAAGGAAGACAGCAACAAGGUUAUGGAUUUAGAAAUGGCUGUGGAGGAUGCAGAAAUACUAGGUGUGGAUUCAGCUGGUCAGGGUGCCCGGCCCUGGAUGACAGCAGUAGCUGUCAUGGCAACCGUCAUGGCGGCAAUGGUUGUGGUGAUUGUCGUGCUGGUGAGGAAGAACAGACGACAAAGUUCUCGCUUCAACUAGCUAACAACACGACACUGUCCCAUGAGUGAGAGUACUACACCAUUAACUGAAAAAGAAAAAGUAUCUGUAGUAAAGAAAUUCGGUACAUUAAAUGCUUUGGUUAGUUUUCUGGUGAUUUGUAAACGUUGAAUUUACGAUAGAAACUAUGUGUUUGAGAAAAGAUAUAAACAGAACAAAUACACUGAACCUAUUACAUCUGACUUGUAUUUUUUAGAGAAUGUAAUUUUUCAGAUUAUUUUUUAGUAUAUUGCAUGAUGAUGAAAAAAGUGAAAAUCAUGAUGAUAUCAAAUACUACUAC